AUGUCUAGAAAGAUCGACAACCUACCUGAGAGCCCCAUCAAAAGGCCAAUCAAACUGAUUGUCGCGAGCCCGAGUCGAACUGGCACUCUAGGACUCUACCGAGCAUUGCAAAUAUUGGGGUUUAAGCCAUAUCACAUGUUUGAAUGUGUUAUUGUAAACGGCGUGUCCCAUAUCGAAGUCCUGCAUGAAGCUGUCUUAGCCCAGCAUAACAGACUCUCUGGUAUUACACGAUAUUCUCGGAAUGACUUUGACAAGUGGUUCGCAGAUUACGACACUUUAGUGGAAAUCCCAGCCAUGCUAGGCCCUUCGGUCAUUGAGGCCUACGCAAACGAUCCUGAUGUGAAGUUCCUCCUCACGGAACGAGAGCCCGAGAAAUGGGUCGCUUCUAUCAACAAUACCGCCGGUCCUAUUAUCAAGCAAGCCAAGACUUUCCCUCUCAAUAUUCUGAAAUACUUCGACCAUGCGUUGAAAGUGUUUUUGAACCAAACAGUGCUUGUAUACGAUGUAUUAGCCGACAGCACGUACCCCGGUGGGCCUGGGAAUGAAGCAGCUUUGCAGAGGAACUAUACAGAAUAUAUUUCGAUGGCUAAAAGGGUUAUUCCAGCUGACCGUCUGUGUCAUAUCUGGCUCGAAGAGGGGCUUGGCUGGGAGCAGAUUUGCCCUUUCCUGGACGUACCUAUCCCCGACCAGGAAUACCCCGAUCGCAACGAGCCAGCUAGAUUCCAGGCCCUCGCUCAGGGAGUCGUGAAGCCCAUGCUCACUAGGGCGCUGAUCAGAUUUGCCACGAUCUGCAUCCCAGCUGUGGGGGUUUUGGGCUGGGUUAUUAUGAAAAAUGGCUUUUCGCUGCCCCGUGUCGUUGCUGAGCCCGUAUUUACAUUGAUUCAGAGA